UAUUUGCAUAGCUUCAUUCAUCAGCCUCUGCCACCUACAUUGCUUAAUCUGAGCUACCGUAUAAAUAGAACUGGAAUGUGACUGUGCUGGCUAUCAGCUAGUGCUGACUGCAGGAACGAACAUUAUUCAAGACCAGCUAUUCCCUGCCAUUAGGGAGAAACCUGAAAAAUGAGAUCUAAAAUGACAUAUUCAACCUCCAGAAUUUCCCCAGCCACGCUGAGCAGCGCAACAGGCAAAGCCCUGGUGAAACCAUGCGCGCUAAGAAGAUCCCAACAGAAGACCAAAGAAAUUUGCCAUGUCUACUAUAUGAGGCUCCGUUCUGGCCUUACCAUAAGAAAGGAGACCUGUUACUUUGAGAAGGAACCCACCGAAAGUUAUUCACUAAAAUCAGGUAGAAAGCGUGAAAGGAAAUUCUUUGCCUACUCCCAGAAUGCUGUGAAGCGCUCCCUGUUUAAGACAUGCAGUUUCCAAGAAAGUGCCGAAUCACCUGACAGAGAGAGUAUCCAAGAGGCUUGUGCCUCCCUGAGCACAUACAAUGACCAAUGUGUUAGCUUCAAAGUUUUGGAGAAUGGACGCUAUGUGAUCAAUGUUGAAGACUCUGGAAAAGACCAAGAAAAAGACAAGAUGCUGCUACGUUACUAUGAGUCUCCCCGUUCCUCGAAUGAAUCAGGUGAUGGUGUGGAUGGUAAGCUACUGAUGGUGAACAUGAGUCCUAUCAAAGAUAAAGACAUCAGGCUGCAUGCCAAUGACAAGAACCACUCUGUGAAGCUGGAAAAGUGUCAAUCCCCUCUGCCAGAAGAGGUCUUUUUCGUCCUUCACAAAAAGUCCUCUGACUAUGUUUCUUUCGAAUGUAAGAAUCAACGUGGGACAUACAUAGGUGUGAAAGACAACCAGCUUGCUCUAGUAGAAGAAAAGAACAAUGAAAGUGAAAAUAUCAUGUUUAAGAUUUCUAAAGUUUAAUGGAAUAAGAUGCUUGUAUGCUCUGGGUUGAACAACUUAAAUGUUACCACUAAAGAAAGAGUGAGAGAAAGAAAGAGACAUCUAAGGGAAUGGUUAAGAUGCUGUGGAAUGUUUAUCUUAUUGUAUAUAAAAAUACUUUUCUUUUCCUCUGUACAACUACAAAUGCAAUAAAAACAUGAAUAUAUGGCAUAGGGCAUUGGUAAAGAAACCAAAAGACACUCAGCCUUGGCAUUUACUUUUGUCUGCUUUGAGUCCUGAACAAAUUCACACUUGCAGAUCUCUCCAGAUGAGCAAGCACCAUAGCUCAUGCUAUGCUUUAGACAAGGGUCCAUCUUAAAAGCCUUAAAAAAAUACACAAUUUUUAUCCAGUUCUAAACAAAAGGUUGAAAUACUAGAGCAGCUAGCUGAGGACCAUUGUUGCCCAGGGUGACUGUUUCUCACUCAGAACAAAGCAACAAAUGUAUUGAUAGAUGCCCCAGGCAACCCUCAGACCAGCUCUUUCUGUCAAGAAAUCUAGCACUCCAAAUACCUACACACCUAGACAGGUUUGACAAAUGUGUGGAAAGACAGGAUAACUGAAAAAUUAAAGAGAAAAAAGCCAGUGUUUGUGAAUUGGAAUGAUGUUACCUUUACUUGUUUCCUUGGGGCAGGUGGUUGGAGACAGGAUUUUUCUGUGUAACAGUCCAGGCUGUCCUGAACUCACUUUGUAGUCCAGGCUAGCCUCGAACUCACAGAGAUCCAUUUGCCUCUGCCUCCCAAGUGUUGGGAUUAAAGGUGUGCACCACCAUUGCCCGGCUACUUGUUUCCUUUUUAGAAUUCUGAUGUUUUUAAAGAUAUCAGUUUAAGUAAGCCAAGCAUACGUUAGGAAAUGGAACACAUUUUCAUUCAUAACUGUGAUUGAAAUCAUUGGCCAUAUUUAACAAACUUAAACUCUUCUGUAAGUACUGACCAGGACAUACAUCAGGGUGUCUAAGUAGAAUGGGAUUCCACUGUGCGGUCCUCUUACUAGAAAGACACUGAAUUAACUUCAGAUUUUCAAUCACUGGCUAUGGGCUAUGUUCACGCCCUGCUGUGUCCUUCUCACCAGUUCCCAAGAGCUAUCACUUUGGAUGUGUGCAUCAACUUGGAUGAAAUUUCUCUAUGGCUUGCUCUCCUUACACAAAAAUUCUUUUGUUGUUUGGGUUCACAUUGGCACUGCUCACUGUGGAAUAUAUUAGCUUAACUUUUGCUCUUUCUUUGGUUCUUUUGACCAACAUAUCCUUAACAUAUCUCCUCCUCCCUAAACGUCAUUCUUGUUUUCUCUGACAUCUAUAUGCCAACACUUUUAUUCUGCUUUGUUUACUUAGCACUUCAGAAUUUUAUGUAUACCUAAUGGUUUCAAGUUUGUUCACUAAACGUUUUUUUGUGUGUGUUUUACUGUUACUAAAGUAGUAUAAUUUAUGUUAACCAUAUAGUAAUAUUUUAAUCUACUAAAGGAAUAGCUUUGCUUACCUAGACAACAGCAAUUUCUACUACAUUUUUAUUGACUUAAGAUGUACAGUAAAUGUGAAAGAUGAUAACAGAAAACUGAUGGAAUAUAACAUGACCAUUUCUGACAGUGUAAGCUAUUAGUUUUCAGUUGAUAAAAGCUAAUGUAUAUAACAGCCGAUGAGACGUAUGGUAAAAAAGGUUGGGGAAUUGCUGUGUAAGAUCAUAACAAUUAUAGCAUGAUGUAACUUUUUCAUUAAUUUUCACUGUUUUACAACAGAGACAAAAAUAAAAACACAAUCCAUGUCAUACCCCUAGAAACCACAACAUUGACUAUAUGAAUUUGUACAAUAUACUUAAAAAUAAUAAUUAAGUAGCCGACUAUAUCUGUGACAUUGUUUAUAACUUUGAAUAAACUAUUUGGCAAAAUCA